AUGACACAAAAAGCCCCAUUUACGUCUUCGGGCACGGAGAAGCCCGUCGACGUUCAUGCCACGGUGUCCCAGCCAACGACGUCGGAUGUGGAAGACGUGGCGGAGCCCACCCAGCCAACCAAGGGCUUCCGGUUCUGGGUCGUCAUUGCCGCCCUCGCCGCCGGCAAGCUGAUGCUUUCCAUCGAAACCACAAUCGUGUCCACUGCAAUGCCGACCAUCGCGAGCGCGCUGAACAUGGGUGGCGAGUAUGUAUGGGCGUCUAACGGGGCGGCGCUGGCUAGCGCAGCAAUAGCCCCACCCAUGGGCCAACUAGCCGACCUCUUUGGUCGCCGCAUACCCACCGUUCUCUCAUUCCUCAUCUUUGUGGCUGGCGGUAUCCUCUCCGGCGCCGCAGAGUCCCCCGCCCAUUUGAUCGCCGGUCGGAUCAUUCAGGGGCUGGGCUCGGGCGGCAUCAACGUCAUGGCGGCCAUCGUCGUGUCGGACCUGGUCCCAGUCCGCUCCCGCGGCAUGUACAUGGCCAUCAUUCUGGCCGCGUACCUGCUCGGCGCCACCAGCGGCCCGCUGCUCGGGGGCGUGCUGGCACAGGCCGGGAUCUGGCGCUGGGUGUUUUGGCUGCCGGUGCCGUUUGGCGUGGUCGGUAUGGUGCUGCUGGCUUUUUGCCUGAAAGGAGGCGUCAGGGAUGCCGACGUCGGCUGGCGCGAGAAGCUUAAGAGGGUCGACUACGCCGGUAAUACCAUCCUGACCGCCGCCACCGCAUCGAUGCUUUACGCCGUCACUUACGCCGGCGCGGAACGCCCGUGGUCGGACGCCCGCAUCAUCGGCCCCCUGGUUGCUGGCGUCGUGGGUCUGGGACUGUUCGUUUUGCUGCAGCAUCGCCUCGCCGGGAGCGAGACCGUCCAGCCCGUUAUGCCGCUGAGGUUGGUGACGCACCGCGCGGGCGCGACCCUCGCUAUCGGUGCUUUUAUUAGCAGCCUCCUCAGCGGCUGGGUCAAUUUUUUGCUGCCCGUCUACUUCCAGGGCGUCCUGGCCUCGACGCCUUCCCGCGCCGGCGUGCAGAUGCUGCCUGUGGUCACUGUGGCCGUGCCCGCCAGCAUCUGCGCGGUGGUCCUGGUGAGCCGGGUGGGCCGGUAUAAGCUCCUGCACGUGGCCGGGUUCGCGGCCAUAUGCGUCGCGGUCGGCCUGUUCAGCAUCUUAAAGAGCACCUCGGGCGACGGCGAGUGGGUCGGGUACGAGGUGAUCUUCUCGCUGGGCCUGGGCUUGGUCAUCAACACCCUCCUGCCGGCGUUCCAGGGCGCGGUGGCCGAGGACGACCAGGCCAUGGCGACUAGCGCGUUUACGUUUGUACAGAGUCUCGCCCUCAUCUGGAGCGUGACCGUCCCGGCUGCCGUCUUCAAUGGCCGGUUCGACGCGCUAUCGGGUUCCAUCACGAACCAGGAAGUCAGGUCGCAGCUUGGCGGCGGGAGGGCAUACGGGUCUGCAACACGGGCCUUUUUGACGCAGCUGGAUGACAGGACCAGGGCAGAAGUGGUUGGUGUUUUCCAAGCUGCGAUCACCUGGGUCUGGUAUGUUGCGAUUGCGGUUGCCGGAUUCGGAGUCCUGAUGGCUUGCGCCGAGAAGGAGAUUGUGCUGCGGGAGAAGCUGGAGACGGACUUUGCACUUGAGCAAGUAAAUGUCACUAAAGAGGAGCACAGGAUUGGUAAAUAG